AUGGACAUUCUCCCAUCGUACAGGGAGGCUACCUCUCGGCUUGAUUGGCUGUCGCUUGUUGCACCUUUCGUCCCCGCAUCAAGCUGGACGUCUUGCUGUCUCGUGGAUAAUCGAUUCUACGAGUCCUUUGCGCCUCGCCUAUGGCAAGAUCCAUUGGUAGUUAUUCGGCAGCUUGGUCUGCAUCCAAAUGAUGAUCUUGCGUGGUAUAGGCGUUUCGUACACAAAUACGCCUCGUCUGCACGGUUUCAGACACGGUGCUUGGUAAAAUCAUUGGAUUUUCGGGCUUUCGCCUUGAGACCGUCCGGGCUCUAUUCUACGGAUGCGAGCGAGCGAGCGAUAUCUGAAAGCUUCAAGUCACUGCCCAAGCUAUUUCCAAAACUGAUUUGUCUCCUGAUUGAUGGUCAUCCUGAGCUAGAUCCUAGUUCAUUAGCUACUGCUGAGGCCAAUACUGCUCACUCUCUCGAGCUCUUGGACCUUGCUCGCUGCCGCCAAGAGCUCACCCCGAAAUUAUUCUGCCCGCCAUUAUUUCGCGAUCUGAUCUAUCUCGACGUUUCGUACAUUCCUGGGUCACUUAGGAGAGCUGUUCAGACCUCUCUCAACCCCACCUAUCUUCCUGAACUUCGUGUCCUGAAAGCUCAAGGGCGUGAAGUUGACGAUAUUACCGCGCAAACGCUGUUUCAAGCGUUCCAUCAUCAGCUUUGGAGCAUUGAUCUUAGCGAUAAUAAACUUUCCGAUAAUGUUAUUGACAAAUUGUGGUUUCACUGUUUCUCUUCACUGUCAUUCCGUAAUGACGCGCAUUUCGAGGUUGAAGGUAAAGUGGUACUACAGAAGAAUCUAGGGAGCCACCAAUAUGGACCCUUUGAGUUCAUCCAAGAAUCACCACUUAGCGCCACAUUCACACAUCCUGAGCGACACCUCGCUGAUGCUCCUGUGUACACUCAUAGGUACAAUCAGACGGAAUUGCAGGAGUGGCAGACUAUACGCUGUGAUGGCACCAGUCCGUUGAGGCGUGAUGACGCUGGGACGGCCAAGGAAAUGCUGCUGAAGAAUGCGUUGCUUGGAACGAACGGAACGCCAAAACAAUCAGUACGCAAUCUCCAUCCACAACGGGCAGGUAUUACGCACCUGUACCUCAACCGCAAUAACCUCACUGCGACCGGUGUAGGGAGACUGCUUCGGUUAUCACUAGGAAGGCUAGAGCACUUUGAAUGCGAUCAUAUUCUGUUUACCCCUCCAGCAGCAUCAGCAGACAAAUCCCAACAACAAUUGCAUGUUGGGGGUGCUUUUGGAUUGCCACAUUCAUUCCGCCCUGUCUUUUCCUCAAACCUUCAAUCACUACGCGUCCACCAUUCAUUUGUAACACAAGUACCAGCUGUAUUUGCAGAAAACCUUCCUUUGACAACAGCCCUGAAGCUUUCGGAGACGGCCUUUUUCAGAAACGUGAGCAGGGUGUACCCUCAACGUUUCGUGCCGGAUAUGAACCCACGCAUCACCUCCCUCACGCUGACCAAUAUCCCGACACGCUCCAUCGGUAUAGUUAUCGAACGAUUAACGUCAUUCCUAGAACUAGCGUCUUUGCAGCAGGAGACUAUAAAGAAAACUAGAUCAGGCAUGAACAGUCGCCGCGCAGCGGUCCUUAGUGGUCUUCGCCAUAUUCGACUUGAACUAGAUCCUGAUUUCUCGGACGACUCAUUUGAAUCGUCUUCAAGCCAUGGUAUAGAUUAUGACAAGCUUCUCGAUCCUGGGGAUGAUGACUUUUCCAACAACACGUUCAGUUUCUUCGAAGAAGAGAAAAAGACCAUAUCCAACAAACCUAGUAGCCAACAAGGACCUGAAAAUAAGCAACCGGGCCACACGAAUGUCGAACGAUAUUCCGACUGGACGUCAGGUCGGUUGAAGUCAUCACCGUACGCAGACACGGAGUCUCAAUUCAUUACCCACCAUGAAGAGGCAUCAAGGUCUUGGACGCGCAACGUCUUCUCAGUGCCUGUUUGGAUUGGCCUCGGCACGAUUGGGCCCCAUGCUGCCGUUAAUGAGUACAUGUGGAAUCUUCAGGAUGCCAACUUAAGGACCAACGUCGGUCCGGCAACUCCAAGUCAUGUAGCUGCCGGUGUACCAGCGCUAACAUAUAUAUUCUACGCUGCAUGGGAUGCUAUGAUAUACCCCAAGAGCCUCGCUGCAGCAGUGAAGAGCUGCAAUACUGAGCUCCUUCGAGAUGUAGCAGCCGCAAUCAAAGAAUAUCGUAUGAAAACAAGAGGCACGAGUCGCCACUGGAAUGGACAGUUAGAGUUAGCGCGCUCGAAUCGGUCGUCUUUCUAUAACUCCUCAGAAUACUGGCGCUGA